UAAUGCAUGCACGUGUAGAAAAAAUAACGUAUUAAAAAUAGGUUACAGUGAACUUAUUGGGAUGAACUGUUGACUGUGUUGUUUUGGGUAUGGGAGCAUAGACUGUAAAAUAUGGGAGGCCGUGUUGUGCUUUCUGUUUUAAUCAGAAUGUAAAAUGUUUUUACUGUACUUCUUUACUUUUUCUGGCAACGUCCUCGCGCCUGUUGCGUCUUGUUGAGAGACGUACUUUGCGUCAGUCAGUCUCGUACACACACACAGACACAGAGGCAUCAUGGCGGACGUACUGGAUCUUCACGAAGCGGGAGGCGAGGACUUUCCUAUGGACGAGGAUGGUGACGAGAGCAUCCACAAGUUGAAGGAGAAAGCCAAGAAGAGGAAAGGAAGAGGCUUUGGCUCAGAGGAAGGAGCCAGGUCCAGAAUCAAAGAGGAUUACGAUACUGUGGAGCAGGAUGGAGAUGAGCCGGGCCCUCAGAGAUCUGUGGAGGGCUGGAUCCUGUUUGUGACUGGUGUGCACGAGGAGGCCACCGAGGAAGACAUCCAUGACAAAUUUUCAGAGUUUGGAGAAAUCAAGAACCUGCAUCUCAACCUUGACCGCAGAACAGGCUACCUCAAGGGAUAUGCACUGGUGGAGUAUGAGACAUACAAAGAGGCCCAGGCUGCCAUGGAAGGGCUCAACGGUCAGGACAUGAUGGGCCAGCCUAUCAGUGUUGACUGGGGUUUUGUCAGAGGGCCCCCCAAGAACAAGAGGAGAACUGGCGGCCGGAGACGUAGCAGAAGUCCGGACAGGAGGCGGCGUUGAGGCGUUGUCUGUCACUCUGAUGGGCAGUUAAUAAUCCUCUCAUCUUCUCCUCAGAAAUUCAGUUUUGUACAAUAUUUUUGAGUCACAGUUAUAUGGCAUCAUUUCUUUUGAAUAUUGAGAUAAGCAAUUUCUCUUCUUGAGAGAUUAACAAAAUAAGAAAUUGGCCUAGCAGCAGCAUUUUUAAAAAAAGUUUUUUUUUGUAAAUUGCUUAUGCUGCUAUACAAUACAAAAGAAGGAUAUCCAUUCAGCUCUGUCAUUGAAACAGAUUUUACAUUCAACUUGAAGGUAGUGCAUGUUUGUGGUUCCCUCAAAAUGUUUUCUCAAUGUGUUUGUUGCAUUUUCUUUUAUAUUACUUGGGGAAAAAUUAAACUUUUUCAAAGGUU